AUGGCCAUCCUCAUCGUUACCGUCCUACUGGGAGUCCCGGGCAACGGCGCAGUCAUCUGGGUGACGGGCUUCAAGAUGAAAAGUAACGUCCCGAAUGUGUGCUUCCUGAACCUGGCUGUGGCUGACCUGAUACAUUGCUUGUGUCUCCCCUUACACAUCGUCGUCAUCUACCAGCUCUACUCUGGGUACUUUCCCAAUUUCUUUUGGGUGUUUGUAAUACCCAUUAUGUUCCCAAACGCUUUUGCCAGCAUAUAUCUGUUAUGCCUGAUCAGCAUCUACCGCUGCCUGGCUAUUACUCGGCCCAUCUGGUUCCGGCAACAUCUAAACCUCGCAUGGGUUCGUGCGACCUGCUUCAUGGUCUGGGUCAUAGCCAUCGUCAUCUUUAUGCCUGUAUUCCUCUCCCGGUUUUUUUCCAAGUUUGUGCUAAUCUGGCUCGUCUUCAUCUUCGGCCUCCCCCUUGUAAUUAUGAUCAUUUGCUACGCCCUCGUUGGCUGGAAGCUGCAAGGGGACAGGUUCGCUCAUUCCAGGAAGCCCAUACGCCUGAUCGUGACCGCGGUCGCCGCCUUUAUGAUCUGCUGGCUACCCAGCACUCUCUACGCCCUCAUAUCAAACGACUCCAUGUUGCGUCAUUUUGACUGGUACAUACUCACGGAGGCCCUGGCCUCAUUCAGCAGCGCCCUCAACCCUCUUAUCUACGUCUUCGUCGGCAGCGACUUCCGUCAGGUCUUCAGGCGCUCCAUGUUUCCCUCGCUCCAGCUGACCUUCAGCGAGUAUGAGCUAAAGGGUGAGACCCAUAACCGCAAUCCCACCUCAAAUACGAAUGUAUGA